CAAAGCUGUGGAGCCUGAGCUCCUAGCAUCCCUCAGGCAGGCUGCUUGCUGGGCUUCCUUAACUUUGGGCGGUGAAGGGUGAAGCUGGAGCCUGCGCUAUAGGGUCAACUGGUACCCAGGAGAAUGAAACAGGCCCUCGUGGACGACACUGAGGAUGUGUCCCUAGACUUCGGCAAUGGAGAGCUGGCUUUUAGGAAGGCCAAGAUCAGGCACCCCUUGGCCACCUUCUUCCACCUGUUCUUCCGCGUGAGUGCCAUCAUCACCUAUGUGUGCUGUGACUGGUUCGGCAGGAGCUUCGUUGGCUGCUUUGUCAUUGUGCUCCUCCUGCUGUCCCUUGACUUCUGGUCUGUGAAGAAUGUAACUGGAAGACUCAUGGUGGGUCUUAGAUGGUGGAACCAGAUAGAUGAGGACGGAAAAAGCCACUGGAUAUUUGAAGCCAGAAAGGCCUCUCCAAACCACAUGGCCGCCACUGAAGCAGAGGCACGCAUCUUCUGGCUCGGCCUCAUCAUCUGCCCCGUGGUCUGGACCGUGUUCUUCUUCAGCACCUUGUUCUCCUUGAAGCUCAAGUGGCUGGCUCUCGUGAUUGCUGGGAUUUCCCUCCAAGGUGCCAACCUCUACGGCUACAUCCUUUGUAAGAUGGGGGGCGAGGGUGACAUCAGCACAGUUGCAGCCAGCUUUCUGUCCCAGACAGUGUUCCAGACGGCUUCCCCAGGGGACUUUGAGAAGCCUAGGCCUGAAGGACUGGACAUUCACCAGCGUUAGGUGAGGCACGCAGCUCCGGAGCAGCUGUGCCUGAGGUCUUGGCACUCUCCCAGUCCUCCAUGCUGACCUGAGCAGGUCCAAGAUGGAGUGCCCAAGUUUAGGGCCUGCUCAGAACCAUCGACCUUCAGAAAGGUCACAUCUUUCCCACAGGGACCCCAGCACAUUCCAAGAGUAUGUGUGUAAAGGGGAAGGAGGAGGACAGGAAGGACAGGGGAGGGGGCUGCCACCUUCCACUGUCACACCACAAUGGUGUAGAAAUUGGAAUAACUUCCCUCAGCAGCUCUCAGUUCCUAUGUCUUAGUCUCAGGUCAUGAGGACAGUCACAUCAGUCUCUCAAAAGCACUAGGAAACAGUUUGCCUGGGACCCUAAAGAUUACUGAUGUCCUGAGGGUACCUAUUACCCUGUGGAUGACUUAUGGGCUUUUCUGGGGGAUGUUGAUGGCCCCUAGCCAAAGCAUGAUCCCAGGCUGGAGAACCCAGUGUGGGCUGAGACUGCUGUCACUUCCGUCCACCCAAGGGAGACACAGGUCUGCCAUGAAGCCACAAUCCUCCCUCUGUCCCUCCCUGGGCUUAUAAUCUGAGUCAAAAGCAGCUCCUGAGAGUCCUGUGACCCAGAUUGCCCGUCCGGUGGACUCCAGAGAGUUCAGGGAGAGUCCGGGUUCAAGGAGAGUUUUAUUUUGCGAUGAGUGCGUCUGUAUGCAGAGCACCUGUACCUCUGGCCUGGAGGAAACGGGCAGACAGGUGAUCAAAGUGUCCUAAGGAAGUGACUUCAAAUCCU